GCCACCAGCCACCCUCCCGGUCGCCAUUCCCCCCACGAAGGGCGAGUGCUCUUUUCCGCCUGACGGGAGGGAAAGUGGCCCCUCACGCCGGGGCUCCACCGUGUCCCGCGUCGCUCGCUGGGCCGCAGCUGCGAGGGGGGGGCGCUGAGGGCGCCGGAAGAGCCUCGCCUCUCGCCGCCUCGCCACUCCAGAGCUUCCAUGCAGGGGACCGAAGGCGAGCCAGGCAGCGUCAGGCCGAAACAACUACCACCACAGCAGAACAACUUUUCCUUGUUUCCUUCUGCAAAAGCCUGGAAUUUCAGAGGGAAGAAACGUAAGCAGAGCUCUCCGGAUGAAGAUGCAAUCAGUGUCUGCAGCUUUGACUCAAGUGAACCCAGUAAUAAACGGGUCAGGACUCUUUCUAGAGUGACAUCACUAGCAAGCUUAAUUCCUCCUGUCCGAGCAACGCCUUUGAAGCGAUUUGGUCAGACUCUGCAGCGUUCCAUCAGUUUCCGCAGUGAAAGUCGGCCUGAUCUGCUUGCUUCACGUCCUUGGUCUAGAAAUGUACCCCCUGCUAGCACAAAGCGAAGAGACAGUAAACUCUGGAGUGAGACCUUUGAUGUUUGUGUCAAUCAGGUGCUUACAUCAAAAGAAAUCAAGCGGCAAGAGGCGAUUUUUGAACUUUCACAAGGAGAAGAAGACUUGAUAGAAGACUUGAAGUUAGCAAAGAAGGCUUAUCAUGACCCAAUGCUUAAGCUCUCCAUAAUGUCAGAACAAGAAUUAAACCAAAUUUUUGGGACACUGGAUUCUCUAAUUCCUUUGCAUGAAGAUCUUCUUAGGAGAUUGAAAGAAGUAAGGAAGCCAGAUGGAUCUACAGAUUCAGUUGGUCAUAUACUUGUGGCCUGGUUGCCUUGCCUGAAUUCCUAUGACAGUUAUUGUAGCAAUCAGGUAGCUGCCAAAGCCUUGCUGGAUCAUAAGAAGCAGGAUCAUCGGGUGCAAGACUUCCUACAGCGUUGUCUAGAGUCACCUUUUAGUCGUAAAUUGGACCUAUGGAACUUCCUUGACAUCCCAAGAAGCCGUCUGGUGAAGUACCCAUUGCUACUCAGAGAGAUUCUGAGACAUACACCAAAUGAUCAUCCAGACCAACAACAUCUUGAAGAAGCUAUUAAUAUUGUCCAAGGCAUAGUGGCAGAAAUCAACAAAAAGACAGGUGAAUCAGAAUGCCAGUAUUACAAAGAAAGGCUAAUAUAUCUUGAUGAAGAUCAAAAGGACUCCCUCAUAGAUGAUUCACGUAUUGUGUGUUGUCAUGGUGAACUAAAGAACAACAGAGGAGUGAAACUGCAUGUAUUUCUCUUCCAAGAAGUUCUGGUGAUUACUCGAGCAGUUUCACACAAUGAGCAACUCUACUAUCAGUUGUAUCGGCAGCCCAUUCCUUUGAAAGAUCUUGUGCUCGAUGACUUGCAAGAUGGAGAGGUGCGACUGGGUGGAUCCAUACGGGGUGCAUUUAGCAACAAUGAAAGAAUUAAAAACUUCUUUAGAGUCAGCUUCAAAAGUGGAUCUCAAAGCCAGUCUCAUGCAUUACAAGCAAAUGAUGCCUUCAGUAAACAACAGUGGCUCAACUGUAUCCGCCAAGCCAAAGAAUCGGUCUUGUGUGCAUCAGGUGAGGGUGGAAUUCCCUAUUCUGAGGAACCUUUACUACCACCAUCGAGUAGGAACCGAAUAUCCCGGCAAGAAUCAAAGCUUGAGCAAAUGGACCAGUCAGACAGUGGGUCUGAUUGUAGUAUGGACACCAGCGAAAUCAGCAUUGACUGUGACCACAUGGAACAGACAAAUACAUGGGAGAAUGACAAAGAGGUAGAAAGCAAUGUCUGACAAAAACUUUAUAGAGAAUUUCUGUCUCUACCUGUACAGAGUCCAUAUAUGGAGCAAGGAGCACUUUUCAAUAUUUUUGUGACAAAGUCACCUCAGUCUCUUAUAUUUGUACCUUUUGACCGUAGUACUGUAACUGCCAGUGUGUGUAAUUUGGAAUGUAUGGCAACUGUAUUCCUGUGGUAUUCUGUAAAUGUCUCAGUGUCUGA